GCCAAAUUCUCUAUCACGACUAUGGAACUCUGCGAUAGCACCAUCCGUGACUGCGCAAACCGACGCCCGUAAACAUCUCGUUAGGUCAACGUUAGCGAAAGCAGCUAACUAGCCUUACUCUUGAGCACUGCAACAGUAGCAGCCAUUUCUGAAAUCUGAAAACAAAAGUGAGACCUCAACCUCCCUCAUGGCAUCAUCUGAGGUCAAUGUUCAUGUGGAGGAGGUGGUAGUCGUGACAACGCCGGAUGGAGCAGGGGAGGGCUCAGCUGCCGAAGUGAAGACUGUGCUGGUGGCUACAGAGCUGACCCAGAUGGGGGAGGAACUUGCAGAUGGAAGCAUUGAGUCUGAAACCGAGGCCACCACCACUUUGACAAAGGAGGCAGUCUUAGUGAAGCUGUCAGGUGAGAUGGAUGUGGAGGCUGACGUGGUCUACCCAGUCACCUGUGGGGACGUGAAGGCCACUCUGGUCUGGAAGAAGUUUGUUUGUCCAGGCAUCAACAUCAAAUGUGUCCAAUUCAAUGAGCAUCUCAUCAGUCCCAAGGAGUUUGUCUAUAUGGCUGGGAAAUCUACACUGAAAGACUGGAAGAGAGCCAUCCGAGUGAACGGCACAAUGAUCAGGAAAAUCAUGGACUCUGGUGAGCUGGAUUUCUACCAGCAUUCCAAAGUGUGCUCCAACACAUGCCGCAGUACCAAGAUUGACCUAGUGGGGACCAGAGUGUCACUCAGAAGCCAGCAGUCCACCGACUACGUCCCUGUCACCCCCUCCUCAGCCGACAUGAACGGAUCACAGGCCACGUUUCCAACAGAAGUAUCAUCAGACGAGACCACGGAAUGGGUCACGGCCAUAGGAGAGGACUCUGUGACAUUCUGGAGGGGUCUGAAGGAAGCUGGGCUGCUGGAGGAGGUGGUGGAGGACUUCCAGAAGGAGAUCCAGGAGGUGCUAAAGGGCAUGCAGGAGCGCAUCACCGAGCCUCCCCUGCAAGUUAAUGACGCUGUGCUGCUGAACAACAUUGUGCAGAACUUUGGCAUGCUCGACCUGGUUAAGAAGGUGCUGGCCAGUCACAAGAGCCAGAUGGACCGAUAUAGGGAGCAGUAUUCACGCAGUCUUGUCGCUCUGGAGCAGCAGUGUGACGAGCACAGGAAACGUGCCAAGGAGCUGAAAAGCAAAUCCCAACACCUCAACAAUGUCCUCAUGACCCUGACCCCCGUGGCCACGCCACCCACGCCCAAACGCCCCCGCCUCACCCGCGCCGUCUCAGGCCCCGCCGUUAUGUCCAGCGCCCCCACCCAGAUCACCCUGCCCCUCACCCAGCUGACGGGCCUGCCUGCUGGGUGCAAAGUUCUCUCGAUGGGUGGCGCGGUUGGUGCCGGCCAGCAGACCUACACGGUGCUGACAUCUCCUGUGGGCGAGUUGGGCCCAGAUGCCUCCAAUCUGACGGUACUCUCUUCAGCCGCCGCCGUUCAGGAGGGCACCGCCGCCACCACGGCCUUCAUCAAGAUGGUCAGCCCGGGCUACCAGCUAAUCACGCUGCCUGCCGCGCUGGGAACCCAGCUACACGGCCUGGCAGGGGGCACGCUCCAGGGCACCCCCACCAUGGUGGCAAUGCCCAUGGGUAACAACACGCUGCAGGGCAUGGCAGCAGUCACAGCAUUGGAGACACAGGUGGACGUUCAGGUGCAGGAAGCCAAGGAGACGUUGGAGGUGGAGAGUUAGAGAGAUGUACUACUCCUAUAUUAUUACACACACACAGCAGGAACUGAGGCCCCGUUUGUCCUCACUGGUUUAAGUGCUGGAACCAGUGUAGGUCUAGUGGUGUUGAACUAUGAAGCACCCAUCUCAGUAAAACUUUAUAAAGAUGACUUUAAAAAAGUAUAACAACGUAUACAUGCACUGCCCGUUUUAGUCUAAGAACCAGCACGUGUGUGUAUGUCUUUUCCCAACAUGCAAGUAGAUGCCAUCCCUGCUCAAAAGUCAUGACCUUAGCUCUUCUCAGGUGUCCAUUUUCACUGGGGUCUACGUGCCAUGUUUACAUUAUUUCUUUACAUUAUGUUAAAAAUGUAGAUUCUACAAAUGCUCAUCUUUCAAUGUCAGAAUUAUUUUUCAUUUCAAGCAAUGAAUUAACUGUAUAUAUCUUUUUGUUGAAUAUUACAAUACAUUUAAUUAUAUUGGGUUUUGAAAAUGAGAUGCAAGAUUUCGCUCACACAGUAUCAGCGCAUGUGCGCGGGUUCGCUUCAGGCUGUUAGAGCGUGGCAGCCAGGGAACCAAAACAGCAGAGAAGUUGAGCCUUGUGCUUCAACGCUCUUAGUGGUUGCAGAAAUUAACGAACAAUGCUGUUUACUUAAUGCAUCUAUGUCAUAUCGCUGAGUCUACCUUUUAAAGCUUUGAACAAAUUGAAAGUGAACAUACUGGUAGUUUUGUUGAACUUGUAAGAGUGUACACUUUGUAAAUAAAUUUGCUAAAUUCUUCAA